UCUACAAGAAGUGACUCAUUCUGCCCACAAGAUAAGGAAGAUGAGGGAAAGAGAACUGAUUCGGCUCAAAGAAAAUACAACCUGCGAAACAGGAAAAGGAUUCGCUACCGAGAAGACAGUGAUGAAAGCGAAGGACCUUCCAGCCCUUCCAGUUUGAUAUCGACAAUACUACAGAUUGGAAUGGUCUUGAAUUUCAUCUCUCUAUCUUUGGCUUCAAAAAUCUCGGGGACGUCCGAAGCAAUACGUUCGAUGAAGUGUGUCACAGGAGGUGUAGAACUGAUCUCACCCGAUAAGGUCCCCUAUGAGAUAUGCGCCGAACAUUACUGCAUCCAACUAGAACGACCUUUGGUGCAGGAGAAAGUCAGUGCUUGGGAAACCAGUAAGAUUGGCAGGUCGACUAGUUUGGGCAGUAAUGAGGACAAUAUUGCGAUGUUGCAAACGAGUCUUGGGAGGGAGAAAAGCAAGAUCAAGACGGAAAAUUGCAGAAAUCAUAGCAAUAAUCAGUUCCGUAAUCAUACACCAGUCCCUACAGUGUCAGGAAACAGACCUAUUAUCCCAUCAGUCGACAAUUUGCACGGACGACUCACUCUGCCAUUUCCGAUGGAAAGAACGUCAAGAACUACGACAAAACUGCUGCUGCCCAACGUACCAGUGAAAGUUAAUGUCUUUACAAUAACCCUGUCGAAUGUGGGAAUACCACCCACACCUUUACUCAAUACCCGGUUCAUCUCCAAUGGUGUUCGUACGGCUCUAUGGAAAGCUGACGCACUACCAGCAUUGCGUUGCGCCAAUAUCAGCAAAGCAGAAGAGCUAGACUGCGAAGUAUACGAAGACUGUGUAUGCCUCCCAGCCGAAAACUCUGCAAAUUGCAGAUGCAGGGAUUAUCCUAUUGGGAAUUGGUUCAAUGAGAUCAAAAAUCAAUUACCAGUAAUUUUUCCUUCAAUAACAUUUCGUCAAGAAGCGACCCAUAAAGUGCAAGCAAAUAUGUACAGCAUGGUCACGUCGGAGAUCAUAUUGUCAAUUCAUGACUCAAUAAGAACGAAAAUGGUAGUAGACGAGGCCAUUUGU